UCAACCGGAGAAAUCGCCCUGACCGGCGGAGGAGUAAGUCUGAGUUGCAGAAACCUGAUUCGCGCGCAGGGACGGCGGAAGAAAGAGGCUCAGGUUGAUUUCCGCGCGCAGAUUUUGGCCGGCAUAUCACCUCACCGCUCCCAGACUUUUAAACUGAGAAAUACUGAUUCCUGCGCGUAUUUGGUUCAGAGUUGAAGAAUGGCCAUGUAUAUCCGUGUUAAGCGUAGUAAGACAACUUACUUUAUCCAGUGUGAACCAACUGAGACAAGUUUAGAUAUUAAGCAGAAAUUACAUGAUCUUACUGAUCAACCGGUCAAUGAUCAGCGCUUGAUCUUAGUCAGUACCGGGGAAGUAUUGGAGGAUUCAAAGACGUUGGCAGAUCAGAAGGUUGAAAAUGAUGCCGUUGUUGCAUUGGCCUUCAGAAAAGAUGACAAUGAGUUUGAAGAGGUCAACAUUGUACGACCAGACGACUUCUAUCUGUCUCGUGAUGCAGAUGCAGGCAAUUGGUGAAGUCGGAAACAUUGCUCCGGCAUUAAUCUAAAUCUGAGAUUGUUUCCUUCUUGUGCUCGGAUUUUUAGGACAAUAAUUGUUAUUUUUAGCAAACAGUUGUGGGAAAGUCUGUAGAUGAAAUAAUUCAUUCGUGAAAUUGGCAGCAUUAGUAGUAUUUGUAUGAAAUAAACAAAAGAUAGUGGUGCUAAAAAAAAUGAUUACAGAGA